AUGUCGCCAACCCACAAUCUCCUCAGUCACAAGGACAACGGCGCCUCCGCCGCCAAAACAGGUGGAGGCGGCCAGAGCCGGUCUAAUUCCGGCAGCAUCCGACUGCAUUUUGUUGCUGCCCUGGGCGAGUUCGUCGGCACCUUCAUGUUCCUCUUCUUUGGCUACGCGGGCCAUUUCAUGGUGGCCAGAUCCUCCACCCCGUCCGAGACCGACACCACCAGUGGCGACAGCGCCCAGACUACCAUCUUUGUCGCCCUGGCCUACGGGUUUUCUCUGCUGAUAACCGUGUGGACAAUGUACCGCAUCAGCGGCGGCCUCUUUAAUCCCGCUGUCACCUUUGGCUUGAGCCUAGCAGGCAAGCUACCGUGGAUCCGGACUUGCGUUUUGAUCCCCACCCAGAUCGUGGCGUCAAUGUGCGCCGGCGCCGUGGUUUCCAUCAUAGUGCCCGGCCGCAUUUCGCAGGUCAACACGACGCUCGCGCCACACGUGAGCAUCGCGCAGGGCCUGUUUCUGGAGAUGUUUUUCACCGCGUACCUGCUCUUUGUGGUCCUCAUGGUCGCAGUCGAAAAGUCAAAGGAUACGUUUAUCGCCCCCAUCGCCAUUGGCCUGGCGGCGUUUGUUGCAUUAAUUCCAGGAGUCUAUUAUACAGGCGGGGCCCUGAACCCUGUUCGCAGUUUUGGAUGUGCCGUUGCUGGUGCAGAGUUUCCUCCCUAUCAUUGGAUCUAUUGGGCUGGACCGUUGCUGGGUUCGCUGUUGGGCACUGGCUUGUACAAAAUCUUCAAGGUCUUGCACUACGAGGAUGCCAACCCCGGACAGGAUGCCGCUCACCCGGACGAAGUCGCACAAAUCGAAGAGAGCAGGGAUCUGGAGAGUGGAGUUGCCACCGAGUCUAGAUAG